UCGGUCAACUUCAUAUCAGCGGCACAACAAACUAUGGAGCUGACCUGGGAAGUUGUUUUUUGCCUGGCCAUUGCAAUUUUAACACACAUUCUAAUAUUCAUAUUUGUCAUGGGCAAGCGACCAAAGAGCAUUGUAGGCCGUCACGUGGUAAUUACCGGCGGCUCCAAGGGCAUCGGACUCUGCCUGGCCGUAGAAUGUGCCAUGAAAGGAGCCAAUGUCACAGUCAUUGCCCGCGACGAGAAAAUGUUGAGUGGCGCCGUGGCACUAAUGGAAGUCAUUCGCCAGCGACCAGAGCAGAAAUUUCAAUAUCGCAGCCUGGACAUUGCCGGCGACUAUGAGCAGGUGGCAGACGUGCUUGGCGAACUAGAGGAGAGCGCGGGCAAUAUCUAUGCGCUGAUCAAUUGUGCGGGCCUUGCCAUUUGCGGCCUGUUUGAAGAGGUGGCCGUUGCGGAUGUACACAAACUGAUGAAUAUCAACUUCUUUGGCAGUUACAAUUGCACACGUUAUGUUCUGCCCAAAAUGAAGAAGGCUCGCGAAGGCAUCAUUGUGCUAACCUCCUCCCAAGCGGCUUUGUUUGGCAUAUAUGGCUAUGGGCCCUAUUCCGCCAGCAAGUAUGCGCUGCGCGCCAUGGCUGAGACAAUUGCGAUGGAGUCCCGUGUGCAUGGUGUUUCGGUCACAUUGGCUUUGCCCUGCGAUACAAAUACGCCGGGCUUUGAGCAGGAGGAGAAAUCCAAGCCGCGUGAAACUAAAAUCAUUUCUGGCGGCGGUGGUCUAAUCGAGCCUGAAGUUAUGGCCAAGGUCAUACUCAAGGAUGCGCUGCAAGGAAACUUUAUCUCCACGGUGGGCGCUGAAAGUUGGCUGCUCACAAUGCUGGGCGGCGCAUUGAUGCCUUGGGAUGGCUUCUUCACAAAUCUGAUGCAUGCUUUAGUCAUUGGACCAGUGCGCCUGUUCGGAUAUGGUCUGCACAAGUACUUCAAUAGUAUUAUACGCAAAUGCGCCAGAGAGAAUGAUACGACGAAAGCAGCCGCUACGGAUGAGGGCGAUGUCAAAGUGGGAGGACAAUGACAUUCAGGAAUAGAAGCAACCCACAUUAGUGCCCAAUCCAUUUGGCACACUUAUUGACUAGCCGCAUUUAAUAUUCCAUGUUGAUCAGUACAGAAAAAUCGCUUUUUAUCUAAACGUAUAUUCCAAAAGCCUUAAAUCAAACAAUUAUAGCUUACGCAUAUUUCCAUUUAAUUGUUAUUUACGAUUAUUACUUUAUGUUAAUUUUUUUAAAUAAACUAUAUGGUUUGCUUUCCAUGUCAAUGUUUAAAAAUCGACACA